AUGCCUGCUAACUCGAACGGCGCGCCGCUUACCAUACAGCUACAGGUCCCCCCAGCCAUGCUCUUACACGGGAAGAUCUCGUCCCCGCUACGCGUGGACUUCCGCAAGGGCUCGAAAGGUUCUCUGUCUAGCGACGUGAUCAGAUUCGCCAAGGCCUCCUCUUCCAAUGCACUUACCAAUGCCCCUGCUGCCAUAAUAGGCUCUGGCUCUGGCUUUGGCUCUGGACCUGGUUUAGCCCAUCCUGACCCCGUCACCGACGAAUACGCCUGA